GUAAAACAGAGAAAGGAAACAAAGAAGGGAGAACAAAAAGUCAAAUAAAAGAAAAAAAUAAAAAACAAACAAAAGAAAAAAGUAUGAAAAAUACGAAAGAACAAAAAGCAAAAAAAGAUGAAAGAAAAGGUAGAACAAAGAAAGGAAAAAAGAAUGAAAAAAGCACAAAAGAUGAAGCAAAUAAAGAAACAAAAGAAAGAACGAAGAGUAAAAGAAAAAAGCAAGAAAAAAAAAAGAAUAGAACCAAAAAGACAAAAGAAAAUAGCAAAAAAAAACCAAAAGAUGG